AUGAGCCACCGGGUGCUGCACUUUCGCUGGAAGGCAGUGGAGCUUCUGGUUGGUUUGGCAUCUAAUACCACUCUACCAAAGAGGCUAUCACCUCGCACCGCCGCCGAUAUCUUAAGGGCUCUGUAUACGCUUGCGCUCCAGGAUCCGAAGGCAAUUUCAGACCAACUGACUAACCCAGAGACUUUGUGGCAGUAUUUCCUGCUAAAUUUGGACGAAAACGACCCGUGGAACAAGGACGAGCAAUCCCAGAUUCUCAUGACUAACCGCCUUCUCGGCGAGUUGCAAGAUGGUGUACUUGAUACUGCCCGUGAACUCAUGGUAAUGAACGCGCAGCCAUCUCCGAGGUACUACCUUGAUGUUCUCAAGCAGAAACCACCCGUAAUCGAUUUACUACUGGAGUGCAUACUGAUUGAACCACCUCAUUGUAACCCGGAGGGUACGGUCACGUACAAAGCUAUGAUUAACCUAGCCGCUUUCUUCCGGUGGCCCUCCUCCAUGCUGGUCCCCGGAAUCUCAGCGCCAGACGAGCAAUCGAUGAAUGAAAAAGAUUGGAAGGCACUACUCCAGUCCAUGCAGGUUCUCACGUCGCGCAAAGACUGGAGCGAUCUAAUCAUACAGGGAUGGAUCAGAACUGAGCCGGAUGCAGAAGAUCUCGAGAAGAGAAACCAGAGUAUCAUCAGCGCUCGCCUGCUUUUUAGCGAAGAGAACUUCCCGAUCGACGAGAAAGAAUUAAAUAUGGAUCUUGCAAUAACAUCCGCCCAAUCUCGAGUUUCCCUACUUCGCGUUAUUACGAUGCUGACUCAUGGAGCCGAUGCAAUAGGUGUCAGAAAUGUUGACAUCUAUUCCCUGCUACCUAUGGCGUAUUGUGCAAGCCAAAACCCUCAAGAUACAUGGGAAGGAGAAAUCUGCUUACGACCAUCCUGGACUUAUCUGCAAGAUAACUACGAGCAGGACAUCAAACCGUACUACGUGGCCUCCGAGAAGGUGAUCGGACCCACGGCAUAUGCCCGGCUACUGGUUGCCUUGGCUCAGAGGAAUGCUCUGAAGGGCGUCCAAUCGUUGCGAAAGGCUCCUGCCAGGCUAUCCUCCACCACGUCUAUCGCCCAACUCCAUCAAAUAACCCAUCCAGAUGUUAUCUCAUGCUUCCUAGACAUCGCAACUGUCAGAGUCCAGAGUGCCAUGGAGAAGGCGGAAAAGAUUACUGGGAAACAUGGGCCAAUAGCCAGUGUACAAGCCAGAUUCGUUUGGGCGAGUGCCGGAGAGCUUGCCGCGGCUUUGGUCACUUUUGAUGAUCUCACAGGGGGUGAGUACGCCACAGAGGAAGCAACUAAAACGAGACAGAUUCUCGUGGUAGUGCUGAACAAGCUCUCUGCAGCUGCCUUGGGUACGAAGAAAUACAAGCAGGUGUAUUAUUAUUUGUUGGCAGCUGUCCGGGUCUCUGACAGCAUUAAGGAGCCACUUCCAGAUUGGUCUGCUGUCUCAGACAGGAUCAAGAAGCAGGUCAAGCAUGUCAAGAGGAUAUUUGAGACUCAACCGAGCGCCGAUGUGAGUCUUGCUCUAUGGUUAUACUGUAGUCUCGAGACGGCACACGAUAAGUGA